UUCGUCAUACCACCCUAUAUUACGCGCAUCUCAGGUAUUGGAACGUGAAAAAAAAUCCCACCCUAAUGACUCGGUUGUUGACCUUACCUCUGUCAAAUCGCGGAAAUUGGUUAAAAACCGAAUUGUUUUUAUUAUUUUGUAAUUAUUUUAUUAAAUUAAACUCCCACCAACGCGGGCUGUGAAACUAAUGUGAUAAAACAACUUUCGCGUGUAUUCAGUGAUUAAUAUUACAAAUAAUUCAAUAACUUUCUGAUUUUGUAAAAGUGAUUUUUUACGUUUUUAUUAGUGUUAAUUAGAUAAAAAUGGAACAUAACGAGGAAUAUCACGAUCCGGAUUAUCCUGAGACGUUAAUUAAUGUAAAGGAAGAGGCGCCAAUACUUUCCGAAGAAGAGAAAAUCGUUAAAAUCAAACAAAUAAUUCACCGCGAAUUCAGGAACGAAUUAAACAUAAGAGAAAAUGAAGUAACUCUUAUAGAUCAAAGAAUGACCACCGCACGAAGAUACCUGCACCAAGUACGAUACUCACUUGUAAAUAAUUACUACAGAGAUCAGAAGUUACAGCUCACUGGAAGUCAGAUUGAAGACGAGGUGGCUGCACAGACUGAACCUAGAGCUCGAUCGGAAGUGUCAUCAAUACUCCGAGAGAGUCAACGCCGUCUUCAUCCAUCAGUCCGUAAGCUGCUCGGCAAACAAACAGUAGAUUUGGAAGAAAUAUUCAGGUCGAGAGAGCCCAGGAACAAAGCGAGGAAAGAUUAUUCGGCGAUGGUCCAAACGAAAAACAUAACAAUAUCAGCCGAUUCGACAAUAUCGUUGCGGCCCAGCACGGAGAAGAUGGAAGAGGAGGAGCCGUGCUCCAGUAGACCUAAGAAGAUACCGCGACAGAUCGAUCCCAAAGUCAACAAUGUGGUCACAUUUGAUGAGAUCACGAGAAAUAAGAAGAAGCACAGAUAUAGAAUUAUUAUAGGCAACACGUCGAAGUACGCGCCGCCCGCGUCGCGGCUGGACCGCUCGACGCACAAGUGGCUGCUGUACGUGCGCGGCCCGCCACGCGCCGACGUGUCGCGCGUGCUGCGCGCCGUGUCCGUGCAGCUGCACCACUCCUACGCGCCGCACCACACCGUGCACAUCGACAAGCCGCCGUUCCAGGUGUCGCGGCGCGGCUGGGGCGAGUUCCCGGCGCGCGUGACGCUGCACUUCGCGCUGCCCGACCGGAACCGGCCCGCCACGCUCACGCACACCAUCAAGCUGGACCGCCACUACACGGGCCUGCAGACCCUCGGUGCUGAAACGGUAGCGGAUGUUUGGUUAUACAGUACACCAGAAAUGCUAGAAUUUGAAUACAAGGCCGAUGAGGAACAAUUAACGUAUUCUCCGAAACCAAUAGAAGAAAUAAAACAAGAGGAACCGCCAGUGGUCAAGUAUGAGCCCAGUGAACAGAAAAACGAACAGAACGACAGCUGGCUGGAUUUCUUCUCAAAGGACACAACAGAGGUCAAUGUCGAUGAAAUGUUCGUUAAGAACAUUAAGAAGGAACCAGAAGACAACCAAAGCAAUGAAAUAAAUGAAACAGAACAUAUACCAGAAGUAAACAAUGAUAAACAGAUACUAGCUAAUGGCGUCGACGAUCAAGUUAUCGAUAACAAUGUAGAAAUUAAGUUGGAAAACCCCCCCAUAGAAGUCAAUAACAAACCUAAGAAGCGAAUAAUGAAAUACAUGGAUCCAACGACGAGGAAAAUAUACUAUCUAGAAAUGGAUAGGAAUCUAGAUUUAAGUAAAGUACAGGAAAUAGUUAUUAAUUCUCAAGGAGAGAUGCAAACCGCAAAGAUAAGUCCAAUCAAAACAAAUGGUCUGAAACAUGUCCGAAAUAAAAAACCUGUGUCACUAUUGAAACCUGAGGUGAAGAAUCAACUAAAGAAAGGUGUAGAAUCUGAGAAGAUUCUACGUAGAAACGAAUUAAAUCAUAUUGAAAAUGAUCAUUGUUAUCUGGCGACCAAUUGGAGUACGUUUGAUAAGAAACCGAAUAUAACGGAGGAAGUGAACGGUGUGUCUGUAUGUGAUAAACUCAAAACUGUUAUAAAAAAGUUUUCGUGUGCGCGUGUGAUUGUCAGUUAUUUGUUGAAGAAGAUACCGUUGAUAAGCGUGGAGGCGAGGGAUCCGGACUUCGUUCAGUGUCUGCCGUUUGUCGUGGAAAACGAUGAGAGAUACUGGAAAUUGGACUUCGCCAAACGGAGAAAUAUGGAGUGGUCCCGGGCGAAAUUGAUCAACAAAAUGCUCACGGACCGUUUCAAAACCGACCCGGCGAGCGUUUGGCGAACGAAGCAAAUAUUAGUAUAUUCCAGAUUACACGGCUACUAUCCGGUUCGAUCCGAAAAUAUCCAGAAAGAACCAGAUAUGGAUACUAAUGAAUGGUCAUCGUGGAACGAUUUGGAGAACACGAGGCAAAUUGAAUCCAAUAUUCGCAAGUUAUAUCCGAACGCCUCGGAUAUUAGCAGCUUGUCCUUGUUCGAUAGUGAAAAAUAUGUCGAUAAGAAUUCAUCAGAAACCAUGGACUUGUGUGAUUCGGAUGAAGAGAUCGAUGUCGUCAAUACAGAUGCGCCGGUCAAAGCGAGAAAUGUUAAAAGGGAAACGGAAGUUAGUUUGAAAGCGUUACCGGUUGAUAAGGACGAAAAGUUAAGAUUUUACUAUGUUGAAAAGAUUUGUUCGGAUAUAGGGAUUGAACUGCGGAAUGAGAAUAUUGGAAGUGGAUAUAGUUACAGUGCGGUACACAGAGUGUUACUAACAGCUGCGAAGUGCUUCGCGGAAGAACUGAUACGGUCCUCCUUAGCGGACCAGCUGUCCCUGUCCAACGAUCCCCAAUUACCAACUAUUUGGACUGGCUCCAGCUCGCGCACGAGCGUCCGGCUGGAGCACGUGUUCCGCGCCGCGCGCUCGGCGCCGCGCACGCGCGCGCUCGCCGCGCACGCGCUCGCCGCCGAGCGGAAGCACACGCACGCGCUCUAAUAUACACAUGCUUUUAUAUUC